AUGGCAAGCGAACAUUUCUGUAAAAUAAAAUUGCGAUUACAAGCUCCAGAAUUCGAAGAACGUAUUGCGACCUUUCAAGAACUCCACCUGCCUGGUGACGUGCAGUUCGUCUGUCAACAUCGAUCGCAACCGGCCGCCCAAGUGAAGUGGUACAAAGAUGACGUACCAUUGGAGGGGCAGGAUGAUUGCAGGAUGAACUUUUUAAACAAUUUCGAUUCUCAAAAUAAUGUAGCUGUGUCGAGCUUGCUCAUAAAAGCGGUUAAGAAAACCGAUGAGGGGGCUUACCGGUGCACCCUGGAGAACAGGGAGGGCCUCGCAUCAACUACAGGCUACUUAUCGGUUCUUGAUCCUCAGUGCAACAUCACCGAUGUUGAACCGUUUGAUCUACAACACAUUCAAUCUCUUCUGCAAAUGAAACAAUCCACCGAUAGUAUUGUGUCACUACUGCAGCAACAAGAGGACAAUAAUACUGCUGGUUGCGGUAAAUUAUUAUCACUUGAUUCCAACAAUGUUAAAACUUCUGACAAAAUCAUUUUGACGCUAGCAGCCGAAGUUAUAAAUGACAGUCAUAACAAUAACGAAGAAAUUGGCGCUAACAACAUUAACUCUUCAAUAAGCGCACCAAACAUAACGAAUAAUCUGACAUUUGCUAGCGGUAGAAGAGAAGAAGCUCAUUCCAAGAGCAUUCCGACUGUUCUCACUAUUUAUAACGAUUCUGAUAUUUCUUCGGUUUUCACUAACGCAACACACGCAAGCCAAAAAUCUGCCCCCACUCUAAAAAGAUUUCCGAAACGGUCAAAUUCUUUAACAUCUGCCAAGAAGAAAAUUUCAUUUGAUGAUGACUUUCAAUUGAAGAAAUGCCCAAUCGCUGAUAAGCGUCACGAGUAUCGGGAGAGGUAUGGAUGUUACGGUGGGUGUAGCAGAUAUGCAGAUGACAAUACGUAUGGUUGUUAUGGCAGAUACACUGCCUACAGGAGAGAGAGUGAGGAACUCAUAACGGAAGCCAAGUCAAUCAUUGAUGGAAUAGUUGGUUGCAAAGAUAUGGUGACGCUCAGCUCUGGUAAAAUUAGUUCGACGUCCAACAACAACAUCAACACAUCAAUUACUUCAGCGAUGAUUAAUGAUCGCGAUAAAAAUAUUGGUGGCUCACCUCAGCAGCAAACUGUCGUCAACAUAUACACUGCCAUCAAAGAUUCAGAGAGCGAUGUUUUUUCCCUUCGAAAGAAUUUCAAGACAGUCGAAAUUGCAUCGAAACUUGAACGGUCAAUUAGUGACGAAAAAAACCAUCUAUACGACUUCAUUAAAACAAGAAGCACUUGUAACACUAAUGGCAAGUAUGAUCUUGUUGAAAAAAAAACUGACAACCUUCCCGAUAACUACACAAAAAUCAACAAAUCUGAUAACAUCUGCAACGCCAGUAGCAGUAUUGAAAACGAAGAUCUCGUCACAAAAAGCCAUGACCAAUGCGAUAAUGACGUCUGUGACCCUGAUAAUACAAAAUGUCUUUCUAUGAGGAGUGCCAAUAUCGCCUCGCCGUCGACGCUUUCUGAUAUGAACCAUUGCAAGCACUUUUGUCUUGGUAGUGAUGGUUUCGACAAGAAUAAUAAAACUAACGAGCUCAUUUCUAAAUUUUCUGACGUAUUCACAAACAAUCGUAAUAUUAAUGCAAACAAACCAAAUGUAAACAAUAACAUCAACAACGCUCCCCUAAUUAGCAAUAUUUCGUUACCUAAUGACCAGAAGAACAAAAACUUUCUUAGUGUGAAAAGUGAAAAAAUAUUCAAUUCGAAAAACAUCAAUAAGAUCCGUUUGAAUUGCGCAAAAAGUGGUUUGAGUUGCGCAAUGAACAAGGAAGCAGCACCUAAGGAAUUUCUGCAAAACCAAUACGCGGACAGCUAUCUCGCAGGAAAACUGCAACAGCCUCAAACAGGGCACCGUACAUUUGAGAGCCCCUACGAUGAAAAGGAGGAAGAUGCUGAUGAUGGUGAUGGAGGUGUAAAAGAUGCUGGUUUGUGUGCCGGAGACUGUGCCUAUGAUGACAGAAAUACUUUAAAUGAACCAGAAUGUAAAAACAAGCAAGGCAUGAAACAUGAAAAACAAGGGGGAUGGCUGGCAACAGACGAUCUACCCUCCUUACUAAUGCAACUUCAGCAGGAGAUUUUCUUGUCUCAGUCUUACAAACAGCAAUUGCAACCUGAACAGUUAAAUCAUUAUUUGCAACAGUUAAAACUGCAACAACAUCUUGAUUUAAUGCAACUAAGUUUGUUACAAAAUGAAAAUAGAGAAUCAAUGACAACCUCCCCAUCAAAACAACAGCUAACGCAACAACCUACGCAAAAAACACAGCAACCAAAAUCCAUGCAACACUUUAAGGUGACAAAUAGAGGACAAAUUGAAGAAAAAUUUAAGGAAUCGACAAUGAUUCAAAAAUUCCAGCCUGUUGAUACAAUUCAACACCAGCAGCAGCAGCUACAUUCAACAGAAAAUUUUGCACAGAUCAAUCAGAGUAAACAACAUCAGCAAGAAUUUAUGCGACAACAAAAUAAUCAAAUUUUAUAUCAAAAUCAAACACAAAACCAGCGAAAAAAUCACGAGAUUUUUCCCUUAGAACAAACAAAACAAGUUUUUCAACAAAAUGAGCGAAUGAAUGAGGGCGGGAAAUUGAUGGACUCUGUUGACCAAUUUGACCCGUCGAAACUUCAAAACAUCUCUUUAGACAGCACACAAUCAGCACGUGCUUCAAGUAACUCAGUUCAGUCCAAAGUGAAAUUCGCAGAUAGCAGCCAACUGUCAAUCAAUCGCUUUUCAAAGAAUAAACAAAUUUUUAACUUAUUCAACGACAAACCGCUAUUAAAUUAUAAAACUAAAAUUACACCACAAAAUCUAAAAAUAUUAUCAAGCAACGAAAUUCCGAAAACAUUUUUAAGCGAUGAAAAUCCGAGACCACCAUUUAACAAUGAAAAUCGAAUACCACGAUUUAAAAUCGGUAGUUCACCAAACAAACAAUUCGAGCGAAGAAAUGAAUUAGCCACCUUUAAAAAAUCAAAAAAUUCACUGCAGAAGAAUAAACAAUUCUCUAAAUUCAAAAAGCACAAACUUGUUCACCGAAAAGGUUCUGAUUCAACAUCAUCUGGUUGUAAUUCAACCUUUCCACAGGUAAAUGAACUAAUGUAUCAAAAAGCAAGUGAUUCGAAGCCAAAAGAUGUCAGUUUUCAACGAAAAACGCAUGCUAAAAUUCUGUCAAAAGGGGGAAAAUUAAGUGGUGAAAAAUUCGAAAAACAUUCCCUACAUUUUACGGAGGCAAAUCCCAUCACUCUUCGUCGCAGAUCCGUUAAAUAUUCACGUUGUAAAUAUACAAAACAUGAUGAACCACAAAGAGCCAAUUUGGUCUCUCGUAGCUCCUCGACAGCAUUCAACGAAAGAAAGCCUGCACUUGAUGAAGACUUAUUCACCGAUAUGGAAACAACAGAUAUUGAAACGGUGGUUACGGGUAGGGAUGCGAUUAAGAAUAACGAAUUAAACUGGUCUGGAAUUUUCAUCGAAAUGUUUCUUUAUCCCAAAAUGAUGGUUGUUUUCUUUGUUUUGUUUGCAACAAUAUUCUUCGUUUACCUGGAAAGCAACCCAUUAUACGCUGUGAUUUGUGUUGGCAUUUUGUGGGCUAUCAUUUCUUACAUUUCUCCAACUUACAAUGACAACAAUACAACAACCAAUUAA